AUGGUUGCUUUGCUCACCUACGCCCAGGGCGUCUUGUUUCUGGCUGUUGGAGUGAUUGCCAAGGCCAAUCUGCCGCCGAUUCCGUCCGAUUUGACUACCCCAGUUCAACAACGAAUUGCCGUCAAUGGACCCAACAGCAUCACCGUUAGUUGGAACACAUACAAGCAGUUGGGUCAGGCUUGCGUCAAAUACGGCGGAUCUGACUGCUCACUGACGCAGCAAGUUUGCUCGAGUACUUCUGGCGCCACAUACCCAUCAUCUCGUACUUGGUUUAACUCAGUUACCAUCACUGGCCUGUCUCCGGCCACAAAGUAUUGCUACCAGAUUGUGUCGACCAACUCUACAAAGGCAACCUUCCUCAGUCCUCGUCUGGCAGGUGACAAGACGCCCUUCUCGAUCAAUGCCAUUAUCGAUCUCGGCGUCUACGGCGAGGAUGGGUACACCAUUGAGAUGGACGAGACGAAGCGGGAUACCAUUCCGUAUAUCCCUCCGUCUCUAAACCACACAACCAUUAAGCGACUUGCCGAUACCAUCAACGACUACGAGUUCGUGAUCCAUCCCGGUGAUCUGGCUUAUGCCGAUGACUGGAUUCUCAAGGGUCACAAUGCCUUUGACAGCAAGAAUGCCUUCCAGGCUAUUUUGGAGCAGUUCUACGACCAACUUGCGCCCAUUUCCUCGCGCAAGCCGUACAUGGCCAGCCCAGGCAAUCACGAAGCUGCAUGCCAGGAGAUUCCGCACUUGACGGGUCUUUGCCCGGCAGGUCAGAAGAAUUUCACCGAUUUUAUGACCAGGUUCGGCAGCAGCAUGCCCACUUCAUUUACAUCCACGUCCCGCGAUGCCGCCGCCAAAGUAAACGCCAACAAGGCCAAGCAACUAGCCAAGCCCCCAUUCUGGUUCUCCUUCGAGUACGGAAUGGCACAUAUAGUCAUGAUUGACACCGAGACCGAUUUCGCGGACGCUCCCGACGGUCCCGACGGUUCUGCCGGUCUCAACAGCGGACCAUUCGGCGGUCCAAACCAGCAACUCCAGUUCCUCGAGGCAGAUCUCGCCUCUGUUGAUCGCACCGUAACCCCUUGGGUCAUUGUUGCUGGCCACCGCCCGUGGUACACGACUGGUGAUGGCCCAUGCAAGCCUUGCCAGACGGCAUUUGAGGGUCUCUUCUACAAGUACGGCGUUGAUCUCGGUGUAUUCGGCCACGUCCACAACUCUCAGCGCUUCAUGCCCGUGGUCAACGGAACCGCUGAUGCGGCCGGUUUGAAUAAUCCCAAGGCCCCCAUGUACAUCGUCGCUGGUGGUGCUGGCAAUAUCGAGGGUUUGAGUGCCGUCGGAACGAAGCCUGCUUAUACGGCGUUUGCUUACGCCGAUGACUUUAGCUAUGCUACCAUUAGCUUUCUCGACACGCAGAACCUAAAGGUCAACUUUUAUAGGUCGUCGACUGGUGAAUUGUUGGACUCUUCUACCUUGCACAAGGCGCAUGAUAAGCAAUUUGUUGUGCAGUAG